GAGAUAAAAUCUAAGCAUAUGAAAUUGACUGGUGAGAUGAUGGUUUGUGGAGUAUCUCUAAUGGAGGCUCCUCCAAGAAAACAGAGUUUGCCUAGAAUUUCUUCACCAUGCAGUAUGGAAAACAGCCACUGGAUGGAGCGUUUGAUCAAAAAGCCAGAAUCACACACUUUUUUGAGUAUCUGUAAGGGUACAGAGAAGGUUAACAUUGAAGCAACAGAGAAAUCAAUGAGUAAUAGGCAAAUACCAGGAGUACCAGAGUUACCAGUUGUGAAAUCGUUGGGAAUGCCUGUAAAUUCAGCUUUUGAACUCCCACACAAAAAAGUCAGCAAAAUUAUACCAAUUUUCAAAGGAAAGUUGAUGCAAAUGAAUGGAAAGACUACAAAUCAAAUGGAUGGGAAGAAAAGAGAAAAUGCUGAAAGACGUUCACCAAUAAAAAUUAUGGGUGUUUCAUCUUCUAUGCUGACUAUGUGUAAGUCCAGAAUGACUCAAGUUUACAAACCUGUUCAAAAUACGCCAGUCAAAUAUCCUACUCAUAGCAGCAUACUUCAGGUAAUGAACGCAAAAACAUAUGCAAAACAUGGUAUACCUGUAUUUCAAUGGGGAACAGAGUCUGGUGGACAGAUAACUAAUGCUGAUUUUUCGAAUAACUCAGCUUCAGGUGGGAAUUCAAGUGAAGUCAAUCACAAAAAGGCAAAUUCUCCUUCAUUUCUUAAGAAUGUUGGGUCAGUGCUUCAGAAGUCAAACAUCAAUCUGGGUCUGAAUACAUAUGCAUCUCCUAUUUCCAGUGCAAGAAGGGGAAAAAAGUUUGCAAGUCAAAAUACCAUGCAAGUUCUUGAGAAACACCAUCAGUCAGAGAAAGUACAUUUGCAGAUUUGUAAAUUAGACAAUGAAAUGACAAAAUCCAGUUUAUCACAGCAACAAACAAACAGAUCAAAUGAAGGAGCAGGGUUAAAUAUUCAUGAAUCUGUCUUAAAUGAUACAGCGUGCAUCGCCAAAAAUGAAGGAAAUAAAGCAGCAUGUCAUUCUAAGGACUAUAUUGCUAAGAAAACCAGUCAUCAUUCCAAGUCUAACUUUGAACAGACAAUUACAGGAAAGGAGUAUCUGACAUGUGAAACACUGACCUCAAAACUGACUUCCUCAGUCAAGGAAUGCAACACGGAAGCAUCUGUAAAGAAAGGUUGUGCCAGAAAGCAACAGAAAGAAGGUUAUUCGAAGUUAAAGAAAGCCAAAAGAAGUAAGCCUUCUGUUUAG